AUGGUUCUUCUAGCAGCUCGCAGGGUGUCACUUCUCUUCAUUCAGAGAUUUUCUGUACAGCACAGUUCUGUGUCCUAUCCCUCAGCCAAUUUACCACCAACCCCUUACUUUCACGUUAUUCCAUUACCUGAAUAUGUCAGACAGGGUAUGAACGUUGGAAAAAGACACAUAAUGUCAAAUUUUGCACUCAUCAGCAUGAGUCAAAGGAAGAGGAGAGUGCUGAUUGGUUGGAAAGUACUCCUGAUUGUUGAGUUUGCUGAACUGAGGCAAGUUUUCAAGGAUCCUGCAACUGACAAGGUCUCAGAAAAUUCCUAUGCUUUUGACUUCAGCUGUGGAGACCCAGUCUACAAACCUGAUUUAAAUGAGAACAGUAACAAUGUAAUACCAUUCAGCUGGCCGUGGCAGGUUUCAUUGCAAGCUAAAAGAGGAAUAUCAUAUUCCCAUAUGUGUGGAGGGGCCCUCAUUGACCCAACGUGGAUCUUGACUGCUGGGAAAUGCAUUAACGAAGACUUGAAAUACCGUGUUGUAUUGGGGAAAUAUGACUUGACGUUGACUGAAGGUUCAGAACAAUACAUUGAACCUAUCAAAAUGAUUUCUCACCCAAUGUUUAAUCCCAAAUGUAUCACUUGUGGGUUUGAUUUAGCUUUAUUAAAGCUCUCCUGGCCAGUCGUUUUCACUGACAAGAUUAGACUAACCUGUCUCCCUGCAGCAGGGGAAGAACUACCAGAUAAUUACACAUGCGUGGUCACUGGAUGGGGAAAAUUGAAUGCCAAAGGGCCUAAACCUCGCAAGAUGCAGCAAGCCCUACUUCCAGUAGUCGAACACGAUAUCUGCAGCAGGUCCGACUGGUGGGGAAGUAACGUGAUGGACACCAUGAUCUGUGUUGGAGGGUAUUCCAAGACUGCGUGUGAAGGUGACCCAGGAAGUCCUUUGAAUUGUUUUGGUAGCGAUGGUAGAUGGUAUGUCAACGGAGUGGGGAGUUUUGCAGGGUCCUAUCCAUGUAACACAGCGAGAAAGCCAACAGUCUAUACCCGGGUAUCUGCCUUCAACAGCUGGAUCAAUGAUCCUGGGCGUCUGGACUGUCAGCCCAGAGACUAUUGCAUCCUUAUCAUGGAUCUGCUGAAGGAAUCAGUGGAUAUGAAGUCAGUGCAGCAGGGUGUAAUUAAGAUUAUGUAA